AUGUCAAGAGCUUCUAGCUAUGAUCCCUUUUCUACACGUUCAAAUGUGUCCUCUUCAAUGACAUCAUCAUAUUCACGUCCUUCAUACUAUUCAAACUUGACUUCUAUGUCUCAUUCUUAUCAUCCGGAUUAUACUUCGCGAUCAUUAUCGAAACGAUUUGGCAGUUCUGAUCAGCUUAAUUCAUCUACUUACAAAAGCCCAUACUCUUCCUCCAACUUCUCGAAAUAUAGACCUCCAGAAGGGAACCGCGAACGUUCUUCUUACAGAGCUUCUUCAACUUUUUCUCCACGAACGCCUCUUCCGUCCUCAGAUUCACGGAGAGAAAGAGAUUUUUCUUCGUCCUCCAGGGACUUUCCUUCUAUAAGUCUUUCAAAAUAUCGACCUGAUUCGUCUUCAUAUGGUUUUUCCACAAACUCGUAUUCUAGACCUGCUAGCUCUUAUACUGCUUCAUCUUCAUCAGCUUCGACUUAUAAACCACGCGUUCGGAUAGAGUAUCGUUCCAAAACCCCGGGAGUAUCAAACUCUUCCACUUCCGAAGCACGGUUGAGUCGUUAUGAUCGAGAUGUUCGCUCAUUGUGUCCAAUCGAGAAAAGCUAUGUUGGUGAAGAUGAGAAAUCAGUCGAUGACGUUGAGAAAACAUUCCGAAAGCUAUAUAACCGUUAUGUGAAGGAUAUAAACGAGAGAACGGACGAAGACUAUGCAAAGAUCAGUACUAAAUCCACAAGUGUAGACAAACUGACGUCAAAGAAUGAGGCACCUAUGAUCCAAUCAAGCAUUGCUGAUAUUGAAACGGAACAAGAAGCUGAGUUGAAAACACCUAGAGCUUCUCCGGUUGAUGUGACUCCGAAAGCUUCUCCAAAACUGAAGAAGAAAGAGAUUAGUGAUAUGAAAAGUGUUCCAACUGUGAUCCCGACUCGUAAACUGAAACCAGCAGCAAGUGCCAUGGAUAAACUACUGCGGAAAGAUUCGUUAACCAUUAAAUUGACGGAUGCGAUUGAUAAGAAGAAAACGACACCUGAAUCAACAUCAAAGGUUUUUCCAACUCCCUCACGUGCUGAAGUAGACGUUGAAUUUAAGAAUGACAUUACCAUCAAUUCAAAACCCAGUUCAGAACUUUCUAAGCCAACUACAAACUUGGUCGCAAAUCUUAGUUCGCCGAAAGAAACUGCCCUAAAAGUUCCAACAAAGUUAUCAAAAUCUUUAAGUCCUGCUCCGACUCAAUUACCUGCCCAACUUACAUCGAAGAGUAGGACUGAAAUGAAGCUACCACCACCAUCCUCUGCUAAUACAUCAUCUUCACCUUCGAAAACGUCUUCAUCAACCUCAAUAUCCUCUUCUAUUACGUCUUCUCUGUUGCUGAACUCAUCAGAAACAGCUCCUGGUAAAUCAUCUAGUGAAGACUCUGAAGUAUCAAGAAAGCCUACAAAACCUUCAACAACCAAAAUUGGCUGCCAACAAACCAUAAAAAAGAAGCCUGACUUAACUAUAAAUCUGAACUCAGCGGAAGAGCCGUCGUCCGAGUUAACAUUCUUCUCUUCAAAGAGUAUACGCAGCCGGUCCUCAAGCCCAAUAACAAAAACAGAACGUUCAAAGAGCAAUUUAACUGUGAAUGGUCCAAAAGUAAAAGAAAUGAGAAGAAGUGCUAGUCCUUCAACAACCAACUCUCUCGAAGUAGAAAGGGAAGAAAGAGCGCAUAGUGAAGACACCAAUAAAGCUACGAAAAAGAAACGUGAUCUCACAAGAACUCUGGAAAAUUUGAAAGAGAAAUUGGAGGAUGAACAAAGAAAACAAAAAGACGAAGUAUUACCGAAGGUAAAAAAUAUGGAAGUAGAACCCAAACAAGCAGUUAGACCUCCACUACUGUUACUGACUCAGCCUUCAAUGCCUUCUACACCUCUUUCCACGACCGGAACUAUUUUAUGGAAUUCUGAUCCAAACAUUGAAUACACAGAUGAGGAGUGGACGGAGGAAGAUGAGGCUGAUUAUGAAUCCGAUUCUGAGUUCACUAUUUCGCAAACUUUCAAGAUUCCCGAUCGUUUGCCUAUUGGAGAUUUGUACCCUUUGCAAUCCCCUGAUUCUUCUCGUUGUUCACCUUUUGCUUCAGACUAUGAUAGUGAUUCAAGUCCUCCUUUCUUGGCUGUAAAUAAUGAAUCCGCUGAUUACCGUGGGAGGGUUGGGCAAAAGUUUGCAGUACCUCCACCAACAUUCACUUGUUCAGUAUCUUAUGACGGACAAGAAGCCUGGGAUUCCGAAGAAGACGGAAGUGUUCACAGUUGUCAGGAUUUCGACGAUAUUUAUACAGGCCGUCCUACUUCAUCCGGAUUAGCUUAUCUGACUCCAAGUGAUGAAGAUGAAGAAGAAUCAAUCUAUGAUGAGGAGUCCGUAGCUGUUGGAUGUACCUUAAAGCUGGUAGACAGAGCCGCUAGACGAGACGAUGGGGACUAUACGGAUGAUUCGGAAUACUAUGAUGAUGAAGAAUUCACCGAUGAAGAAUACUGGGAUGAAGAUGAGGAAUACGAGGAAGAGUUCGAGUAUUCGGACGAAGAAGAAGCUGAUCUAUCUGAAUGUGAAAACACCGAAAUGCAUAGCAUUUGCGAUAGUCCUGAGCUUAUACCCAUUUCUGCUGAUUUACAAGAGGAAGCGUUCGAAUUUGAAGAAGCAGAUGCGGAAUUCGAAAUGGAUGCUACGUUCCUGCAUGCUUCACCUAAGGAGGUAACUCCAGACGUGACAGGAGCCGAUAAACACCGAGAAGUUACAUAUACAAAAGAUAUGACAGUUUUGACGAAAGUGGAAGAAGCAUCAAACUUGAACAUUGGAGAUGAUAAACUCACAAAAGCAAAGGCAAAGAGAAUCACUAAAGAUGGACGAACAGAAAAGGCUGAUAAAAAUCUCAUUUCAUCAUGUGUUAUCCCAGCUGAAGAAAUUGUUUCUGAGGCAACUUUUACAGAGCUGGCUUCAGACACAAUGAUGGAAGCUAGCCUUAGAGAGCAUGAAGAAACAAUUGGCUUAAUGGAAGUCAACGUCAUUCCAACGUUUGUGAAAUCUCAAACAGAAAAAGUGCAAGAGGAAUCGACUAGUCGAUUCUCCGAUAGGAAACCAUCUACAGAUUUUGCUAGGAAAGCUGUCAUUCAACCAAACAAAUUAGAAACAGCUAAAGUACAAAAAGUUGAAACCAAAAUAGGAGAGAGACCAAAAGCAGCAGUGGAUAAUAAGACUCAAUCUAUGAAACAAGCGAGCAAAGCCAAAGAGGUUGUCACGAAGACGAAACUAUCAGAAGUGCAGCCUGGAACGAGCAAAGAAAGAUCAACGAUAGAAGCAGCAGCUGCCGAUAAACUAAAAAAUAUUAAAGAAGUGGAAGACAAAAGCAACCUCAGAAAAUCAGCCCUCAAUAUGAAUCAGGAAGAAGCAAAGAGAAAAGCAAAGGCCGACGAGGAAGCUGCUAAAAUCAAAGCAAGGAGGUUUGGAACUGUAAGUGCUCUGAUGGACAAGUUCAAAGAAGACCCUAAACCAGCGGAACCUAUCACAUAUAAGAGAUCGAGCAGAUUGGCUGCGAAAGAAACAGAAGAACGUCCUCGUCGAAAAUACGAGAUAGUUAAGCCGGUCAUAAACGAUGAGUUUGACAAACAGAUGGAGGAAAUCAGAGCACAAAUGAAAGCUGGAUCAUCUCAGCUGCAAGAUCAAAUGAAAAACUUGUCUAAAGGAAUAUCUACAACAGCAGAAGAAGUAAAGAAGCGAGAGCUAGAAGAAAAACAUAAGCAUCUAUUGAACAAAGCAUCUGGAGUGUUCAGCGAAGCUGACAAGGAGAAAAUGCGUUGGAAAGAGAGGAGAGAUGCUGAGACUGAAGCUGAGUUAGCCAAGAUCGAAUCUAGCAAAGGAGCUCGUGUAUCUAAACAGGAAGUUGUCCAGAAAGCGUUAGAAGGAACUGAGAAAAAAGAGCCUAAACGUACAGUGCGAAAAAUUGUGCGUGAUAAAUCCCCUGCAGGGAUGGAGAUCACUGAGAUAGAACCGCAACGGAGUACCAAUGCAAUUGGGGAAUCCUCAUUGUCAACUAAGCAAGUUCCUAUUAGAAAUAUGGCAGUGAAACCUCCUCUCAACAAUACUGCGAAUAAGAAGUCAUGUGAAAGUACAACGGAGAAACCGGAGCAACAUCCCCCUGCAGUUCCUAAAGACAUAUUCCGAAGAGAGAAAACUCCUGUAGUGAAGCCUGCUGACACAAUCAAGAAACCCGUAGCUCCGAAACAAAAUUUUAUUGUUGAUGAAUCGAACUUCGAUCUGUUGCAAGCAGCUACUCAAGUUGCUACUAGAAGAAGAAAAAGUUUAGUUGAAUUGAAACAACAAAAAGAAAAAACUAGUGAGCAGAAAGCUGUAAAUCCUUCUAAGAGUAAAACAGACGGAGCAAUGUCUCCUAAGCUUGGACCGAAGGGGGAAGGAGCCGCAGCAACAAAAAUCCGAAAUACUCUUGGCAACGUCGUGAAUGUGCAGGCAGACUCCAAAUCUCCAGCCGGGAGUGAGAAGAGCUCUUCAUCGCGAAGAUAUGGUGCUCGUAGGAAAACACAAGAAAUUGUUAACGAAUCUCAACAGCCCAAGAGAAAACGAAAAGAACAACGCCGAAAAAACAAAUUCAUUGGAGAUCCUCAUGACAUUGACAUUCUAUUUGGUUGGGACAAGGAAAAUUCUUUUGAAAAGAUGGAGAAAAUGUUCCAAACAGCUACUAGUGAUAGAAUGAAUACGAGUUGUACAUCGGGUAAAAAAAGAAGAACAGCCACAAAAAUCUGGAUAAGCGACUUAACGGAUAUUGACAAAAUUUACAAACCGUCAGAAAUACGUGAUAUUACAGCAUCUGUUGAUAUGUAA